CCCACAUUCAAUUCGAAGCCAUUCGUACCAAUUCAACUCGCAAUUCCCCCCAUAAUAGCCGGGUUCGUGUCGCCGUUAUGAUAUAGACGUUUCAACAAAAAUUUAACGACAAUCCGAACCAUCUACCCUACUCCCCAAAAAUGCCGCCGAUACGAAUCAUAGCAAGCCCAUCGCGGUGCUGCCUCUCCUCUCAAUCCACACAAAAUACCAUCCGAAAUACGAAUACAAGAAUAAUAACAUCACGAGCCCUCAGCACUACCGCCUCGCUCUCCCGUCAGACCCCUUCACACUUAACGGUACCUACCGACCAAGUACCCGACUACCCCUACGGACCAUUCCGAACGUAUAAACAGGCGAACCAUGGUCUAUUCGCGGGGUCCAAGAUUCGCUUCGGUAACACCGUAGCCGAGGAGCACGGCAACAAGUCGCGCACCACCUGGCUACCAAACCGACAUACAAAGCGUCUAUGGUCACCUAGUCUCGGUAGCUUUAUCCGUACCCGUCUGACGGCCCGCGUCCUACGCACAAUUGACCGACUCGGCGGUAUCGACGAAUACCUCUUGGGUUCCAAGACCCGUCGUAUCAAGGACCUGGGCCCUGCCGGCUGGGCGUUGCGGUGGAAAAUCAUGCAGACGCCUGCUAUACGUGAGCGCUUUGCCCGCGAACGCGCUGCGCUAGGCUUGCCCCCUAAGGAGGUAGCAACGGGUUCAGAUUCUGCUGCCCAAGAAUUAGCCUCGGGGGGCGUGACCAACGAUAUGCUUAAUGAGAUAGAUGGCAUGUUGGAGCGUGGAGAUGAAUUCGUCAUCGGUGAGGUGAAGGAAGGCGAAGAGAUGGUUAUUAAGGGGGAUGCUGAGGCCAUUGAGGAGGCCAGAGAGGCUGCCAGGGACGUUGGCUAUCACAUGGAGCAAGAAGAAACGAAAGAAAACAAAAAGACACCAGGUUCAUAAACGAGCAAACCUUGAAUUUCACGGAAUAAACAAUCUUAGAUGCCCAGUGGUGAGAAGGAUGCAUGACCCUUCGUUG